CGAAGACGAGAACCGAUUCGAAACUAUCCACUGUUGAGGAACGUGGUGGAGUGCGAGUUUUCAUUUGUUCGUUCCUUGAAAUCCUUCGAACGGUUUGCAUGAGUCCUGGAUGGAGAGUCUGAAAGCAGCAAUAGAAUAUCUUUCCGUUAUUGACGCUCAUCGUCGUGGCAAUCAUUUAGUCCUUACGUGGCUGCAAGUCGUGUAACAGCGUGUAAUAUUACGUUCCCGAAUAACCGACCGAGCAGUUCAGUAGGUUUCAGAAUCGGCGAGGACCUGAAGGAUGCGCAACGUAGAAGUUGACCGUUAUCGCAGGAUUUCAAUACGUGAAUUGACAUUUAAUUUGAGUGCAUUCGAUUUAUAAGGAUUUUUCGUAUUGUUCGUAGUGGAAUUAACAGUCAUUUUGCAAUAGAUUCGCGGUCAACCCAGGUCCUUUGUGAUUAUUGUUUAUGAAUUGGUGCAGUUUGCGUCGUAUUGUGCUAGCGGUUAGUGGUUCAGAUUCUUGUGGUUUGUGAGAUUACGGUACGAUUAGUGAGUGGAAUUAAAGUUUGUGCAUCAGAUCCUGCAGCACAUGCAGUAGCGACCCGCAGGAAGUUCAUUGUAUCCUUGCAUUGACGGUGGCAGCAGUGAUCACAGAGUAUUGCACUGUGAAUGCGUCCAGAAGGAAUCAUUCAGGAACCAGCUAUCUUUAAGGACCAUGUAAAACUCAGAACCGGUAAAGGAUGGUAUUAAAAAUAUCAGGAUGACGAGAUUGAUACGAAAUUCCAAAAUUCUAAAAUGUUUUGGAUGGCUUCCGUUUUCUCAUCGCAGCCUAAGCUGGACUCUACUCACCGUUCUGAUCAUUUCAAACUACAUAGUUGGACUCUUUUCAGUUGGAGCAUUCGAACCGGACUUUGUGAUCCCUUUGGAAAAUGUGACGGUGGCACAAGGACGUGAUGCCACCUUCACCUGUGUCGUAAACAAUUUGGGUGGUUAUAGGGUGAGUUCGGACUCAGGGCAAGCAAGGGUGGCAUGGAUCAAGGCAGACGCCAAGGCAAUUCUGGCAAUUCAUGAGCACGUAAUAACGAACAAUGAUCGAUUAUCUGUCACCCAUAACGACUAUAAUACGUGGACGCUGGUUAUUCGGAACGUUAAAAUGGAGGACAGUGGCCAGUAUAUGUGCCAGGUCAACACGGACCCAAUGAAAAUGCAAACGGCGUAUUUGGAAGUGGUAAUUCCUCCCGACAUCAUUAAUGAGGACACGUCCGGAGAUAUGAUGGUGCCUGAGGGAGGAUCGGCCAAACUGAUGUGCAAGGCGCGGGGGUUCCCCAAGCCAAAGAUCACCUGGAGGAGGGAGGAUGGACGAGAUAUUAUUGCACGCAGUCACGGGACAAAGAGUAAAGCGUCUUCCGUUGAUGGUGAAAUGUUGUGGCUUUCAAAAGUCACGCGAUCGGAAAUGGGCGCCUAUUUAUGUAUAGCCUCGAACGGCGUGCCACCGUCAGUCAGCAAGAGAAUGAAGCUACAGGUUCAUUUUCACCCCCUGGUCCAAGUUCCCAACCAACUGGUGGGCGCGCCCGUUAGCACAGAUGUCACCUUAAUUUGCAAUGUGGAAGCUUCGCCAAAGGCAAUAAAUUAUUGGCAACGGGAGAAUGGUGAAAUGAUUAUUGCCGGCGAGCGGUAUAUCAUCAGCGAAAAGGAAAAUUCAAUGUAUGCUGUGGAAAUGGUCCUUCAAAUAAGACGUUUGCAGAAGUCUGACUUUGGAGGAUACAAGUGUAUAUCGAAGAACAGUAUAGGCGACACCGAGGGAACGAUACGACUUUACGAGAUGGAAUUACCGGGGAAAAAGAACCAACCGCGGGACGAUGACGAGGAGAGCGAAGAGGAAAAUGAUCUGACAUCGAACGAAAAUCUUCUGGAAGAAGGAUUUCUGAACAAAAAUGGACGCUUAUACAAGGGCCUACAACGUGGUGAAUCAGAUUUGCAUAGUAGCUCAAGAAGUGCUCAACUCACCUUCAGUACAUUUUCUAUCUUGUAUGUAUAUUUAAAAAUUGUAAAUUUGCUGAUAUUAUAGCUUCAAGAAAGGGAACUUAAUUGAGAUAGGUAUUCCAUGUGAUCAGUAUUGUACGACGUCUUUUAAGUUUAAGAGCAUAAAUUCUUUUUAGGAGAAUUAUUCCGGAAUUAAAAGUGAUUAAUUUAUGGUUUUUAUUGUUUUUCCAAAAGAACUAUUGAAAUUGUUAAGACGCUUUAAGGUGUGGCAUGUAAUAUACAAAUUAUAAAACGAUAUUGGAUAGUUAAAUGUUUAAAAAUGGUUUUACAGAUAAACCUCAAAAAGUAUUGAUUCGCUGAGUAAUUAUUGUAAAUAUUUGCAAACUCCAGCAUGUACAUAUCGAUGAUGUUGAAUAGUUUCUAUAUAUUUUGUUCAAAGUUCCCAGAGAACCUAAUAACCCACUAGUUACCAGCAAGACCCCAACUACGAAACUAACUUCUUUUGAUUGCUAAUUACAAAAGAUUCGGUUCUGUACGAUGUUGAGUUUGCUAGUCCGUAAUCAUUUCCACGACUAGUUUAUCUGGAUAAGAAUAGCAAAAUGAUAAUAAAAAGUGCCAAAGUAACUAGAUAAUAAAAAAAACUAAUCAUUGGCCCACGUUCCAAGAUAGUGCAGUUCAUCAUAAUAUAAAGCAAACUAUGAAAUAUGAAAUCUAAAAUCUAAAAUCAUAAAAUGAGUAGUAAUUCCCGUGGCUCGGUUGCGUGAGUGUAAUUUAAUGUCUGUGAAAAUUGCUAUAAUCAAAUCGAUUUGCGAAAAUUAAUUGCAAUGGAAUUGAAGUUGCCGAACAAUAAGUCUAGGCUUCGAUUCGCAAACCCACAACUCUUGUAUAAAAGAUACAAAGCGUAAAAUCAAGCAGAAAACUCACCAGAUCUGCUUGGACUAAUCUUAAAACUGAAAAAGACUAUUGACCUAUACACAUAAAAAUAGCAUAAAUACUAAGAGAGGCAAACUCAUUGGCUAUAGAUUUAUAUACGUAUCAAAAUAUUAAUAUUACAUGAUCUAUUGAGUAACGCAAAAAAAGGAAAAAUGUCAGCACAUAGUGCGGCAAUAAAGCGAAAAGUAUUUGCAGAGAGAGAUGCAAAUCCAUAAUGUGUAGCGUUGGAAAUUAUCAAUAAAGGAAAUUAAUAAUGUAAAACCAAAUAAGUGAAUAUAAAAGUACGAAUAGCUGUAAAUAAAGACAA